AUGCUUAUAGAUGCAUUAAUCAAAUAUAUAAAGAAAAAAUGGAAGGUGUGCAGCAUUUCCAGCUCUGAAGUCAACUGGGGAAGCAUUUCAGCCAUGGCAUCCUCUGCAAUUAUUCCUGCUAAGAUGAAGGCCUGGUCCUACAACCAGCACGGGAAGGCCGAAGAUGUCCUCAAGUUCGAAUCCGAGGUCGAAGUUCCCAACGUUAAAGAUGACCAAGUUUUAAUCCAUGUUCAAGCAGCUGCCCUGAAUCCAAUUGAUACCCUUCGGAUGCAGGGCAUCUUCAAGGACACCGAUUCGGCUCUACCGAUCAUUCCGGGAUACGACGUGGCCGGCGUGGUCGUCAAAGUCGGUAGCUCCGUGAGGAAAUUCAAGGUUGGGGAUGAAGUUUAUGGAGACAUAAACGAAAUCGCGUCAAUCCAACCAACCCGAUUUGGGUCUUUGGCUGAGUUUACCGGUGUGGAUGAGAAAGUGCUAGCUUUGAAACCCAGAAAUUUGAGCUUUGUUGAAGCAGCUAGUCUCCCUCUCGCCGUAGAGACAGCGUACCAGGGCCUUGAAUCCAUCGGCUUUUCCGCCGGCAGGUCACUUCUUGUUCUGGGAGGCGCCGACGGUGUUGGAACUCUUGUCAUUCAGGUGGCAAAGAUCAUAUUUGGUGCAUCCAAAGUGGUGGCCACUUGUAGCUCUGGCAAAGCAGAGUUACUCAAGAGAUUAGGUGCUGAUGCCACAAUUGACUAUCAUAACGAGAAUUUGGUCCAAUAUCCGGAGAAAUUCGAUGCCGUUUUCGUGGCAGCCGGAGCAUCUGGGGAGGCUGAGAAGCUUAUUAAAGAAGAUGGAAAAGUGGUGUCCAUCAUUGGGCCGGAUCGGUUCCGCAUGACAUCAACCGGGAUCAUCCUCAAGAAAUUGAGUUCUUACUUUGAAGAGGGAAAGCUGAAGCCGAUCCUGGAUCCUAAAAGCCCGUUUCCAUUCUCUCAGGCUGUUGAAGCAUUUACCUAUCUGGCAUCUCGCAGGGCUACCGGAAAAAUUGUUGUGUAUGUGUUUUCAAUAAGAUAA